AUGUCUUCGCCUGAGAGUGCGGUCAGAAACCGGCUAGCCAGUGAUUCACCAACCUCAACACACACGGCCAACGCUACACGACCCAAAGCUACCAUAUCAUCGGAAACGGACGCGAUGACGGGUGUCGGUAAGGACUGUUCAGGGAGCACCGAGUUCUUCGGUGACAGUAGCGCUGUUUCCUUCAUGACCCAGAUCAAUUCGGCUAUCGAUGCUCGUCUUGGACAGACACAGACAUCAUCGACAUCUGAUAUCAUUGACGAGGUUCAAACAUCAUAUGGAAAAAAGGUUACAAGCAGCCAAUUCCAGGACUGGAUAGACCCUCUCACUUUCCAAUUCCCACCUAGAAACUUUUGCGACGAUCUCAUACAAGAUUAUUAUGACUUGGUAUGGGUGAUUCUUCCUACACACGACUGGACCUCUUUCAAGCAAGAUUAUGAUGCUAUCUGGAUCGGCAGCUUGACAACUACUACCACCAGGCCGUUGCACUGCAUGAUCAACAUGGCACUUGCAUUAGGUAGCCAAUUCUCAAAAGCUGUGCCUCCUGGGGAGAGGAAGAGAAUGGGUCAGACGUUUUGGGAGAGAGCUCUUGCACUAUAUGAUCCGCGGCUUCAACAAGGAGCUUCGUUAGAAGGAAUCCAAUGUUUCUUGAUGAUGGGCCUGUUCCUGCAGAGUACUCACCAGUCCCACCAAUGCUGGAUGAUUGUAGGAUCGGCGGUACGUAUGGCGCAAAGCUUAGGUCUGCAUUUGUGCCGAACAACAGCCCAGAACGAAGAUAUUCGGCAUGUCGAAAUGAUGCGAAAGGUGUGGCACGGUUGCGUCUUUAUGGAUCGGGUUAUGUCAAUGACAUUCGGACGUCCGAGCAUGAUUGCAAACUGGCUCUACGAUUCUGUUCCUCUGCCGACUAUGAUUGAUGAAGACCUCCUAGGCAAACAAUGCCUGCCUUGCACAUCUCGGCCAGAUGGGGCAACGCCUACUAUAGCAUUCUUCAUCAAAUCUGUAGAGCUCUACAGCAUCGUCAAUGAUUCCUUGCUCGAGCUUUACAUGAGACAGCCACAGAAAGAGAGCGAGGAAGCCGAGCACGUCCUUUCCGUGCUGCAAUUCGAUGAUAGGCUCGUGCGGUGGUUCCAAUCGGUUCCUGACGGACUUUGCUAUUCAUCCGGGUCAAACGAAAACUCUGUUCUUCGAAGACAGUGUAUUGUCUUACGGGCAAGGUAUCUGCAUGCCCGAAUUGUCGUCCUCCGCCCGAUUCUGACAGAAUCCUGCCUGAAACAGGUGAGGGCUGACCACCAUAGUGGGUCUGCACCUACAGAUCAACGGCUGUCGCAUAGCCUCACAGACCAAUGCUCAAUCAUCUGCUUCGACUCGGCUCAUAAGAUCAUCAACAUGAUUCAUGCAAAUCUAGAUCUGGAAACGGUGACAGGACCUGUGCCUGCAUGGUGGUUUUCGGUAUUGUUCGUGUAUACAGCCGCAACAGUCCUUCUGGCUGAGCGUUUUAGACAGUUGAACUCGACUUUUUCGACUACAGAGCCAUGGCAGGCUAAACCAGCAUGGGAUCAGGCGAUACAGCUACUCAGAGCCUAUGCAAAAGUAGGUGACUCAGCCAAACGCUGUGUAGCAGCCUUAGAGAUUUUGCUCGCCAAAAUCCAGGGUUAUCACCAUAUAUCCGAGCAUGGGGAAGCGCAUGACGAUAGGGCCCUAACGGGGAAUGCUUUCAUCGAGCAACAAAACGAUGCACCUCUCGUUGCUUUUGACGACAUUACUGGGCAGAUUGAUCUAGACGGAAUGGAUUUCGAUAUUGAUGAUAUGCUUUGGCUCAACACUUCAGCUGCAGAGUUUCUUGUCUAA